ACAUCAUUCAUGGCUUAGAAAUUUCCGUCUUCAAAAUCAUCUCUCUCUUGUUCACAUGCUUAAUCCAAUUCUGGGAAUGGUUUAAAGUGGAAGAAGCUUAAGUUGACCUCAACCAUGGCUUGCUCAUCAUCAGCAAGUACAUGGAAGCUAACGACGAGAAGAAGAGAUUCUACAUCCUUAACUACAAAAAUCUUGCAGAAUACCUCUGCGUUCCUCUUCUUCUCCCCUGCACCCAGCAGGCAAAGCAAACGGCGCAAUAUCCCUAUUUUUUCCUCUGACCCUUUAUUUUCAUCUUCUUUCUGCCCUUCUUCCUGUUCCAAUGCUCAGAAGAAAUAUGUGAAAUAUGUAAGAAUCCAUAAUGGGUCUUUGUCAGAUAUGCAAAACGAUGAGACCAGGAAUAAUGUGGAGAAGCUUGUUGUUAAAAAACAACCUUUGUGGAGGAGAAUUCUGUUUGCAUCAAAGAAGAUGAGGAGUAUUAUGUUGCUCAAUCUUAUCACCAUAGUUUAUGCAAGUGACAUUCCAGUGGUAAAAACAGUUGAAACUAUGAUGGACCCCGCAGACUUUUCUGCUGUGAGAUUUGUCAUGUCAUCCAUUCCAUUCUUGCCAUUUGUGAUUCGGGCAAGAGGUGAUGUUCAGACUCGGAAUGCUGGCAUAGAGUUAGGAUUCUGGGUCAGUUUAGGCUAUCUUGUUGAGGCACUUGCAUUACUCACAGCUGAUGCCGGUCGUGCAUCAUUUAUCUCCUUGUUUACAGUCAUUGUUGUACCAUUACUUGAUGGAAUGUUAGGAGCUAUAAUACCUGCCAGGACCUGGUUUGGUGUUCUAAUGUCUGCAAUUGGAGUUGCUAUGCUGGAAUGCAGCGGUUCCUCACCAAAUGUUGGAGAUCUUUUGAGCUUUCUGAGUGCUAUAUUUUUUGGGAUUCACAUGCUUCGGACUGAACAUAUUUCAAGAAACACCAAGAAAGAGAACUUCUUAGCACUUCUGGGAUAUGAGGUUUGUGUUGUUGCUCUUUUAUCUACAUUUUGGGUUCUAAUUGGAGGAUGGUUUGAUGGCUUCCAAGAUUCUGAGACAUCAACUUGGACAUGGCCAGUGUUAUGGGAUUGGAUGGUUGCCUUUCCCUGGAUACCUGCACUUUAUACUGGCACAGUCUCAACUGGAUUAUGUCUAUGGGUAGAGAUUGCGGCCAUGCGUGAUGUUUCAGCGACAGAAACAGCCAUUAUUUAUGGAAUGGAACCACUUUGGGGAGCUGGCUUUGCUUGGUUUCUCCUUGGUGAAAGGUGGGGAACAAGUGGAUGGAUUGGUGCAGUUCUUGUGCUUAGUGGAAGCCUAAUGGUGCAGAUAUUUGGAUCUUCCACUCUAAGCAGACCGAUCGAGACUGCAGUAGGGAACCAGAAAGGAGAUCUGUUACUGGUGCCCGACAAGGAUAAAGAAAAACUGCAAAAUACUCUAUCACCAGCACCAGUAGUUGUCAGGUCCGAAGGGGAUGUGAUGGAUUGGUUUUAAGUGAUCCCUCUCGCAUCCUAUUUUCCCAAAAUAUAUCAUUCCCUGCUUGGAUUUGUAGAAUUUCAUGUCUUUCCUAUGAAUGUUGUCCAUAUGCAACACAGUUUUUCCCUUUUUAAGGGGAUGAGGGAAUAUAUACUACCUUACUUUUGAGUUUGGAACAAAAAUGUAUACAUAUA